GCAGCCACCUAGCCUGCUGCUUGGUGAAGUCCAGUGCGCCGGGUUUUGAGAUCUGCCAGGAGCGCGAGGAGGGAGGGGAGCGCGCGCCACCAGACAGAGCACAGGGUUCACAACCAGGAUUGGUCGCAAGUAGGGAGCUUUUGCCACUCCGCCUGGACCCAGGACCAGCUGGCGCCACACACGGGGCUCCCCUCAGCGCGUAGCUGGGCGGCUAGGAUUCGUUUUGUGCUGUAGACUAUUCUCACUGGUGAAAUUCUGCCAGAGCUCACUUGGAAAUUUCUGCAACUUGGUAUUAAAAAAAAAAAAAAAAAUCCUCAGACCGAGCUAAAGGAAGCAACCGGUGUAGGUUGUGCUUGGAAAAAAAAAAAGGAAAUUUGAUUAUCAGCCUGGAGCAGGAAAACAUAAUCACAGCAAAAGCAGGCAAGUCAUUUAGGAAAUGCUGCAGAGUGGCUGGAACAGCAUUGUGUAUGCUGCGUUUGACUGGUUCAGAAGCACAGUCUGAGAAACAUAUCAACCCCAGAUUGGAAUGCACUGACCACUACAGUAAGCACCUCUCCUGGGAAUCAUUGAUGCAUAGUGGCUCCAAAGCAUGUGGCUCCCAGGACUGCUCUAAGAGAUUAAAGGUUGUACAAAACUUAAAAGAAGCAGAGGCAGUGGUUCUCUUCACUUGUUAUUGGACUUGAAACUCCUUUGACCUCCGAAACUGAAGAUGAGGUUGCCAUGGGAACUGCUGGUACUGCAAUCAUUCAUGUUGUGCCUUGCAGAUGACUACACACUGCAUGGCCCAGUUUUUGUUCAAGAACCAAGUCACAUAAUGUUUCCGUUGGAUUCCGAGGAGAAAAAAGUGAAGCUCAGUUGUGAAGUUAAAGGGAAUCCCAAACCUCACAUAAGGUGGAAGUUAAAUGGAACAGAUGUUGACAUUGGUAUGGAUUUUCGCUACAGUGUUGUUGAAGGAAGCUUGUUGAUCAAUAACCCCAAUAAAACCCAAGAUGCUGGAACUUACCAGUGCAUAGCAACAAACUCGUUCGGAACAAUUGUGAGCAGAGAAGCAAAGCUUCAAUUUGCUUAUCUUGAAAAUUUUAAGACAAGAACAAGAAGCACAGUGUCAGUCCGUCGGGGUCAGGGAAUGGUUCUCCUGUGCGGCCCGCCACCCCAUUCUGGAGAGCUGAGCUAUGCCUGGAUCUUCAAUGAGUACCCAUCUUAUCAGGAUAAUCGUCGCUUCGUUUCUCAAGAGACUGGGAAUCUGUAUAUUGCCAAAGUAGAAAAAUCAGAUGUUGGGAAUUAUACCUGUGUAGUUACCAAUACUGUGACGAAUCACAAAGUCCUGGGGCCACCCACACCGCUGAUACUAAGAAAUGAUGGGGUAAUGGGUGAAUAUGAGCCCAAAAUAGAAGUGCAGUUUCCAGAAACAGUCCCAGCCGAGAAAGGAACCACAGUCAAGCUGGAAUGCUUUGCCUUGGGAAACCCAGUCCCAACUAUUCUGUGGCGAAGAGCUGAUGGGAAGCCAAUAGCAAGGAAGGCCAGAAGACACAAGUCAAAUGGAAUCCUCGAAAUACCUAAUUUUCAGCAGGAAGAUGCUGGUUCAUAUGAAUGUGUGGCUGAAAAUUCCAGAGGGAAAAAUGUAGCAAAGGGGCAAUUGACUUUUUAUGCCCAACCUAACUGGAUUCAAAGAAUAAAUGAUAUCCAUGUGGCCAUGGAAGAAAGUGUCCUCUGGGAAUGUAAAGCUAAUGGGAGGCCUAAGCCUACAUAUAGGUGGCUGAAAAAUGGUGAACCAUUGUUAACUCGGGAUCGAAUUCAAAUCGAGCAAGGGACACUCAAUAUAACAAUAGUGAAUCUCUCAGAUGCCGGCAUGUACCAAUGUGUGGCAGAGAAUAAACAUGGAGUUAUCUUUUCCAGUGCUGAGCUUAGUGUAAUAGCUGAGAGCCCAGAUUUUUCAAGAACACUCUUGAAAAGAGUGACACUUGUCAAAGUGGGAGGUGAAGUUGUCAUUGAGUGUAAGCCCAAAGCAUCUCCAAAACCUGUCUACACCUGGAGAAAAGGAAGAGAAAUUCUAAGAGAAAAUGAAAGAAUUACCGUUUCUGAAGAUGGAAACCUCCGAAUCAUCAAUGUGACUAAAUCAGAUGCUGGAAGUUACACCUGCAUAGCCACUAACCAUUUUGGAACUGCUAGCAGCACAGGAAACUUGAUUGUGAAAGAUCCAACAAAGGUAAUGGUUCCGCCUUCCAGCAUGGAUGUCACUGUGGGAGAAAGCAUUGUUCUGCCAUGCCAGGUGACACAUGAUCACUCACUCGACAUUGUAUUUACUUGGUCAUUUAAUGGGCACCUGAUAGACUUCGACAAAGAUGGGGACCACUUUGAAAGAGUGGGAGGGCAGGAUUCAGCUGGUGAUUUGAUGAUCCGAAACAUCCAGCUGAAGCAUGCUGGGAAAUACAUCUGCAUGGUCCAAACAAGUGUGGACAAACUCUCUGCUUCUGCGGACCUGAUUGUAAGAGGCCCUCCAGGUCCUCCAGAGGCCAUGACUAUAGAUGAAAUCACAGACACUACUGCUCAGCUCUCCUGGAGAGCUGGACCUGACAACCACAGCCCCAUCACCAUGUAUGUCAUCCAAGCCAGGACUCCAUUCUCCGUGGGCUGGCAAGCAGUCAGUACAGUCCCAGAACUCAUUGAUGGGAAGACAUUUACAGCAACUGUGGUGGGUUUGAACCCCUGGGUUGAAUAUGAAUUCCGCACUGUUGCAGCUAAUGUGAUUGGCAUAGGAGAACCCAGCCGGCCCUCAGAGAAACGAAGGACAGAAGAGGCCCUACCUGAAGUCACCCCAGCUAACGUCAGUGGUGGUGGAGGCAGCAAAUCUGAACUGGUUAUAACCUGGGAGACAGUCCCUGAAGAGUUACAGAAUGGCAGAGGCUUUGGUUACGUGGUGGCCUUUCGGCCACAUGGCAAAAUGAUAUGGAUGCUGACAGUACUGGCCUCAGCCGACGCCUCCAGAUAUGUGUUCAGGAAUGAGAGUGUGCGUCCUUUCUCUCCCUUUGAGGUUAAAGUGGGCGUCUUCAAUAAUAAAGGGGAAGGCCCUUUCAGUCCCACUACGUUGGUGUAUUCUGCUGAAGAAGAACCCACCAAACCACCAGCCAGCAUCUUUGCCAGAAGUCUUUCUGCCACAGAUAUUGAAGUUUUCUGGGCUUCCCCUCUUGGAAAGAAUAGAGGACGGAUUCAAGGUUAUGAGGUAAAAUAUUGGAGACAUGAUGACAAGGAAGAAAACGCUAGAAAAAUACGAACAGUUGGAAACCAGACAUCUACAAAAAUCACCAACCUAAAAGGGAGUGCACUGUAUCACUUAGCUGUCAAGGCAUAUAACUCUGCUGGGACAGGACCCUCCAGUGCCAUAGUCAAUGUCACAACCAGAAAGCCACCACCAAGCCAACCCCCUGGAAACAUCAUAUGGAAUUCAUCGGACUCCAAAAUUAUCCUGAACUGGGAUCAAGUGAAGGCCCUGGAUAAUGAGUCAGAAGUAAAAGGAUACAAAGUCUUGUACAGAUGGAACAGGCAAAGCAGCACAUCCAUCAUUGAAACGAAUAAGACAUCAGUGGAGCUUUCUUUACCUUUUGAUGAAGAUUAUAUUAUAGAAAUCAAGCCAUUCAGUGAUGGAGGAGAUGGCAACAGCAGUGAACAAAUUCGAAUUCCAAAGAUAUCAAACUCCUACGCAAGAGGAUCCGGAGCUUCCACCUCAAAUGCAUGUACGCUGUCAGCCAUCAGCACAAUAAUGAUUUCCCUCACAGCCAGGUCCAGUUUAUGACAAAAGUCAUCUAAAAGACUUGCUAUUUAUAAUAUAAGCAACAUUUAGCUAGUUGUUUUGAAGACACCCAGUACUAAGUAAUAUUGUUGUUCAAGUACAUCUUAUUACUGGAAAAAAAUGUCUUUUGCUUCUUUAGGAAUGGCAUUAUACAGUACUUCCUCAAAGCAAAUCUAGCUUUGUCUGAAGUUUCUUUGGAAACUCUGCAAUGCACUGAAGACAUCUGUAAUAUGAUGUUACCAAAGCAGUUUACAUAUGUCCUUAUAUGCAUAUUUUUAUUAUAUAUUUAGUGUUUUAUAGAAUUUUUUAAAGUUAACAUAUAAUGUAGAUAUUGAUUUUUUUUCCUCUGCUGUAAAAUGCUCUGGGCAACACAACCAUACAAUUAUGAUUUCAGACUAGUUCCUUUAAAGACAGAGUUUGAGACUUAUCUUGGUAAAUGAAUUGCAAAUGACUUGUAUAGUUUUACAAGGAUCUAGUGACAAAACAGCUGGAGACUCUUGGUCUGUAACUCAAGACUGUGUAUAUAAAUUACUCCUUGGAUGGUUAAUGCAUUGAAUCAAGUUCUUUUGACAUAUACAAUAUGUUUUCCUACCCUGUUGUGAAUUUUAUUGUUCAACACAACUUGAGAUGGUUUCAGGAAUGGCUAAAGAAAUCUCAAAAGUUAAACUUCCAGCCUAAGAGGCACCUGUGCAAUACUCCCACCCCUGACUUUAGCAUUGUACGGUAAGAGUUCCUUUGAGCAUUGUCUUUGUGGUAGCAUUAUCUUAGGCAUUGGAUUUGAAGUUACAUGUCCUGUAGUAACAUAGAUCAAAGUUACUAUAGUCAGCCAAGUCUUUCGAAGCAUAAAACAUAAUUUUACUAUCUUUAAAUAUAUCUGUUUUGAAUGUAAAUUUUAAAAAAGUAAUUCUGUCAAUGGAUUUAUAAUUUCUUUUCAAAAUUUCUUACAGCUAACACAUGUAUCUCUGUGAUAAUAGAGCCCUUUUUUUGAAUUACAGUCACAUAUGGAAUUUGGAAGAUUUCUCCUCUUUCAGCAAAUAGUUGCUACAAAGAAUUUUUCAUAUGAUUCUAUAAAAUAUUAGUAGUACGAAUGUAUGAUAUCUUGAUGACUCUCCUGUUUUAUGAUAGGUAGCCUAAAUGCUUUAUAAGCUUUCUGUUCUAAAUCUUAAAAUCACAAUUUAAAAAUGACAAUAUCAACAGAACCUUAUUCUUAUGAUGAGAACUAUUUGUUAUGAUGGGGGAGGUUUUGUAAGCAGACACUGGUGGACUAGAAAGGGCAAUGAGAUUUUCUAUAAAGAUUUUCACAGGCAAACAUGCAGUCACCUUUUUCUUCUUUCUUGGAGAGCUCACAUUUGCCUGUAAUUUGACAUUUUUGCUUACAAAUAACAUACCUUUUCAAACUGCUAGUUAUAUUUAUCCAAUAAAGUCAUAAUCAGGAGUCCGUUCGUGUAAAAAUUAGGCUGGUAACAGGGAAAAUAUAUUGUCAGUAUUUCAGCUGUGUUCUUUCCUAGUUUGACUAUGGUUACUUCUAUGUUAAAAUACAAUUUAAAAUCACACACAAAAAAAUCAACAAAAUAAUAAAAUGAAUGAAAAAAUGAUACCCUAGGUAGUUCCCAACCCCAGUGUAAAUGACAUUUACCAGUGAUCUAGCAUAUGUAAUCUUUUUUAAAGGUAUUGUUAAUAAAUAUUCUGUUAUUUGUAAAGA